AUGAAAAAAGAUAGUACAAAUAACAAUUUUCAGAGAAAAUCUAAAAAAAACAAAGUAAAAAGUUUAAAAAAAACAAACCAUACAGAAGAUGAACAAAUACCUAUAUUAUUGGCGAUGUGGGAUUAUGGACACUGUGAUCCAAAGCGUUGUUCAGGCAAAAAAAUGGAGCGAUUAGGGCUGAUUCGGACGCUGAAAAUAGGACAGCAUUGGUGUGGAGUUGUUCUUGCUCCUGGCCAGAAAUUAUUUUUGUCACCAGCAGAUGCUCCAAUAUUAAAAAAAAUGGGAGUAGCAGUGAUAGAAUGCUCAUGGGCAAAAAUAGACGAAAUUCAGUUAGAGUCUAUCAAAGGAAGUUAUUGGAGGACAUUACCGUAUCUUGUAGCAGCUAAUCCGGUUAAUUAUGGUCGACCAUGGAAUUUGAACUGUGCUGAAGCGCUUUCAGCAUGUCUAUAUAUUACAGGUAAUCAAGAAUUUGCAUAUAAACUUUUAGAGAAUUUUUCGUGGGGAGAAGCAUUCUUUCAGAUAAAUUCAGAGAUAUUGGACAUCUAUGCAGCAUGCACAAACAGUUCUGAUAUAGAAACAGCACAAAAUGCAUGGUUAUUAUCGUUAUCAAAUGAAUAUAUACAAAAUAAACAGAGUACCAUUGCUCUUCCAUCCGAUGAAGAUUCAUAUGAGGAGUCCGUUAAGGAAAAGCCAAAAAGAACAGUUUUUCAGGAUAUAUGCAAAGAAUGA